CUCUUGAUAUAUGCUGUCGGCUGUCCUCCUCCGCGAUGAUCGUUUGCUUCCCACAAAACCACAUUUCCGGAUUUCAGCCCGGCCGCUUUCCAACUAUUAUCAGGUUCAUACGAAACAGUUCUGGCCCCACGGACCAUCGCCGCUUCAGACUCUCGGGUGAGCUAGUCGAAUACCACAACCAUGGCGAGAACAGGCUUCUUCCACCACCUCGGCACUUUCCUCCUCUUCGCCGCCACGGUCCUGCUCAUCGUAACAUGCAUCUCGGCACCCGUGGUCAACGACCUGGCUAUCCUCAGGGUCGACCUCGGCGGUGACAAUAGCGGAGGGGAGCAAAUCAACUUUGGCACUUUUGGAUACUGCCUGACCCGACCCGAUGCCGACGACGACUGCUCCCGCUCGCGGGUCGGCUACUCGCCGGCCGCCUUCCUGGCCGCGGUGGACGGGACCGAGUUCUCGGAACACGCCGAGGACACGACGCGGACCCUGACCAAGGCCAUGAUCCUGCACCCGAUCGCCUGCGGGAUCAACUUCAUCGCCUUCCUGCUGGCCGUGGGCGCCGGCACGAUCGGCUCCUUCUUCGCAUCCCUCGUGGCGCUGGUGGCGUUCCUGGCGACGGGCCUCGCGUGCAUCAUCGACUUUGUCCUCUUCGGCAUCAUCCGGAGCAACGCCAACGACCGGGGCGAGACCACCGGCGCCGAGGCCUGGUACGGCCCGGCCGCCUGGACCAUCCUCGUCUCGGCCGUCUGCUCGCUGCUCGGAGCCGUCAUCGUCUUCUUCACCUGCUGCUCCGCGCGGCUGCACCGCCGCAGGGGCGCCGCGACCAAGACGGACUACGCCUCGCCUCCGAGGAGGAGGCGGUUUUGGUAAACCGCCCUUGACUACCGACUGGUUAGGCCUCCCUCUGUUGAGGGGAGAAGGGCGGGGUUUCCGAACAGUGUGUCUUGGUAUAUGAUGAGCGAGAGAUACCACUACCGUUUCUCGUUGCUGUUAUUGUUAUUGUUGUUGUUUUUACUGGUGUUGAAAAUUCUUUAUGAUGAGCGAAUUGGAAAGAAAGGAUGAAGCAAGACGUCUUCGUAUGCUUAUUCUCAGAUACCGCGACUAAUACGCUGAUUCAUUUUCGUUUUCAAUUUUUUCCCGCUUUUCCUCCUCUCUCAUUAACA